AUGGUCACCCAGCGCAGAUACUCGGUCACGGGCCAGACGCCCCCGGACGAUGCUGAAGCCAUGAAGGCGCGCUCUCCCAAACUCCAGCCUCUUGAUACUAGUGUGCAAACAACGCCGUGCGGCUACUGUGACGGCGCGCCGGAGCUGAGUACGAGCAGCGAGGAUAGCGCCGCCAGCCAGCGGAGAGGACGCAACAUGUCCCAAAAGGGUACCAUUGUACGCACUUCGAGCAAACGAUCUGCCACCCAGCUACCUUCGCCCAGCUCGCCCACGCACCAGCUGCCGCCCAAGAUGCCGAGAUACAGACUCAACGUGGACAUAGACAUAGGCUCCGAUACAGACACGGACUCGGACGACGCCGACUUGCUGGGAGAUGGGAGCGAGCACAGCGACUGCCACGGCUUCGAGAGCCAGGCCACUUCGUUUCCGUCAACUCCCGAGCACUCGCAACAGUACGGCGUAUCGACUCUGCCCGAUGCCACGCGUUUGGAAGGUCUGCAGCUGUAUGCCGAGGAAAGACCCGACGACGAUGAGCACAUGGACGACUACGCGCUUUCCCCGUCCCAUUCUAGAAACAACAGCCUCGACCGCAUCCAGCUCCAUGGGCCCAACGAUGUGCACAAGGAUUGGGCCGCACACAUUGCCCUGCACCAAGAAAAGGCAGAGAUUAUUCAUAUGGAAGAUAUUCAGGCCACAGCAGUCCAUGAUAUCGAUACACUCUCUACCAAUGACAUGACCAUGACGCCCGCACCACCCACCUUCGUUACACUGCCACCAGAAAUCCGCCAUCAGAUCUACCGCAAUUGUGAGAACCUCGUCAUUGACAAACCCCUCGUAUACUGCAUCUCCACCUUUGACGGCCAGAUGCAGCACGCUCUCGCCUCGGUAUCCCGCCUCGUCCGCUCCGAAGCUCUCGCCAUCUUCUACAGCUACAAUCUGUGGGUCAUCAAAGUCGAGUUCAAGAUGAUGUACGAGGCCUUUCAAGACUGGAUCAUCCGCCUGGGGGACGGCGCAGGGCUGCUAAGGCUGGUCAGCUUCUCGGUGCGUGGCUCGCUGUUCAAGCCCAGAAGGAGUCAUACACAGAGUGUAUUGAUCCAUGGACACCUUGUGCAGCUUGCUCCGGGCGUUAUUGGGCCAGCGACGACACGAGAGGAACUGUAUUGCCCACCGGACGGUGACGCCAGUUUCAAGAUUGAUCUCAGUGAAAAGUUUGCUGGUGGCAGGGUGCAGUUGGUGCGGAAUGACGGCACGAGAGAGGCAGGUGAGCAAGCAAGAGCUCAUCUGGGCAAGAUGGUGGAGGUGCUCUGGGUGAAGAGAAAAGCGGGAACACUGAACGGCCAGGAUUGGAUUGACAUGGUGGAUGGCUUCAUUACCUUCAUCGGAGGCUGGUGA